UCCUAAAGUGUCAUAUAUUGGUCUUCACAUGUAUAAUAGGCCUCAUCUGGCUUUCUGCCAUACCAUUUACUCUCACCUUAACAUGUGAAUCAUGGAACAUCACCGAUCUGAUGGUGCUUCUUCUUCUUCUUCCUCUUGCUCACACCAUCUUCAACCAGGGCCACAGUCUGUGUCUUCACAACGUAGCAUGGCUUCAGUGCCUUCCCUUAACUCACAAUCUCGUCACCAGCAAGAAACCCAUCCUUCCACCAACUUCCACCAGUGCCUCACAACUCUCAAAGGCCACACUUCUUCUUACACAUCCUGUCUUGCCCUCUCGGGGAAGUUCCUCUACGCAGGUUCAUCUGACAGAGAAAUCAGAUCGUGGAAUCGCAGUGUUUUGCUUUCUGAGUUAGACCCUGAAAAUUCCAUCACCAACAUAGCACUUUCCGGAAAGGGUGCAGUGAAAUCCAUCGUGGCUCAAUCUGAUAAGCUUUUCAGUGCUCACCAAGAUCAUAAAAUCAGAGUAUGGAAGAUCAGCAACCAAGAAACUGACCAACAGGAAUACACGCAUGUAGCCACCCUUCCAACUUUAGGUGAUCGUGCUUCCAAAAUUUUGAUCCCUAAGAACCAUGUCCAGAUCAGAAGGCACAAGAAAUGUACGUGGGUUCAUCAUGUGGACACAGUCUCUGCUCUGGCCUUGUCCAAAGACGAAACCUUGCUGUACUCGGUUUCAUGGGACAGGACAGUCAAAAUAUGGAGAACCAGAGAUUUCAGCUGUUUAGAAUCAGUAACCAACGCACACGACGAUGCCAUAAAUGCGGUCGCAGUUUCCGACGAUGGGUACGUAUACACGGGAUCAGCAGACAGGAAAAUUAAAGUGUGGAAGAAAGGAGAAGGAGAAAAGAAGCACUCUUUGGUAGAUACAUUAGAGAGACACGAUUCUGGGAUCAAUGCGUUGGCUCUGAGCAGUGACGGGAGCGUGUUGUAUUCUGGUGCGAGUGACAGGUCGAUAUUGGUUUGGGAGAAAGAUGAAGAAGAUGGGAAAAUGGAGUUGGUGGGGGCAUUAAGAGGCCAUACUAAGUCUAUAUUGUGCUUGGCUGUGGUUUGGGAUUUGGUUUGUAGUGGUUCAGCGGAUAGAACGAUUCGGAUAUGGAGAGGGAUUGAGAAACAGUACUCGUGUUUAGCAGUUUUGGAAGGGCAUAGAGGAGCAAUCAAGUGUAUAACUGCGGCCAUUGAUCGUUGUGAUUCCUCUGAAGCUUCUUUUCUAGUGUACAGUGGCAGUUUGGAUUGCGACGUUAAGAUGUGGCAGAUUGUUGUCCCUGUUUCUUAGAUUCCUAGGAUUAUUGCAGAGGGAGAGGCGUUAGGUUCAUGAUCCUUCAGAAAAUAUUACCGAUUUGUCAUGGGAAUGAUUUUUUUUCUCUUCUUAAUGCACCAUAGUAUUUUAA